AUGGACGUUCGACGAUUGAUGGACAAGGCCAGGAAAGAGCAGCUUUUGCAGCAAGGAGUGGCACAGAAGCUCAGAUCGAAAGCUUUCGUUUCUUCUAAGUCUGCAGGAAAAGUUCAUUUGUCAAAACCCAAGCAAUCCAGCACAAUGAACAAGCUUCACUCCAUUUUAAAGAUACAAAAAUCUCAAAGACUGGCUGAGACAGAGCUGCAUGAUAUCGAAAAGCAUUUUGGAUGA